GGGUGUGGCAGAGGAUGCCGGGGGGCGCGCGCCGCUUGAGCGAACGGUCCCCGGGAUCCCCAAGGAGCCCGGUCCGGGCGAGCAGACCCGACUGGUACCGGCGGCGGCGGUGGAGGAGGAGCUGCUGCGGGAGAUCGAGGAGCUGCGCUCGGAGAACGACUAUCUCAAGGAUGAACUGGAUGAACUCCGCGCUGAAAUGGAGGAGAUGAGAGACAGUUACUUAGAGGAAGAUGUUUACCAGCUGCAGGAGCUUCGGCGAGAGCUGGACCGCGCUCAUAAAAACUGCCGAAUCCUGCAGUACCGCCUCAGGAAAGCCGAGCAGAAGAGCCUGAAAGUGGCUGAGACUGGUCAGGUAGAUGGCGAGCUCAUCCGGAGUCUGGAACAGGACUUAAAGGUAGCCAAAGAUGUGUCUGUCAGAUUGCAUCAUGAACUUGAAACUGUGGAGGAAAAGCGUGCUAAAGCUGAGGAUGAAAACGAAAGUCUCCGACAGCAGAUGAUUGAAGUGGAAAUAUCCAAACAAGCCCUCCAGAAUGAGCUGGAGAGACUGAAAGAGAGUUCCCUGAAAAGAAGAGGCAGCCGGGAAAUGUACAAAGAAAAGAAAACCCUUAACCAGGAUGACAGUGCUGAUUUGAAGUGCCAGCUUCAGUUUGCCAAAGAGGAAGGCUCCCUGAUGCGUAAGAAGAUGGCCAAGCUGGGGAGGGAGAAGGACGAGCUGGAACAGGAGCUCCAGAAGUACAAGGCCCUAUACGGAGACGUGGACAGCCCUCUCCCCACGGGGGAAGCAGGCGGGCCGCCCAGCACCAGGGAGGCUGAGCUGAAGCUGCGGCUGAAGUUGGUGGAGGAAGAGGCCAACAUCUUGGGCCGGAAGAUUGUGGAGCUGGAGGUGGAGAACCGAGGCCUCAAAGCGGAGAUGGAGGACCUGCGGGUCCAGUAUGAGCGAGAGGGUACAGGCCGGGACCACAUGGCAAGCAUUCCUACCUCACCCUUCGGUGACUCCCUGGAGUCCUCGACGGAGCUCCGCCGGCACCUGCAGUUCGUGGAGGAGGAAGCGGAGCUGCUCCGGAGGUCCAUAUCCGAGAUCGAAGACCACAACCGGCAGCUGACGCAUGAGCUGAGCAAGUUCAAAUUUGAACCCCGGCCAGAGCCAGGGUGGCUGGCGGAGGGCACGGGCAAGGGUGCGGCCAGCGGGGCCCCUCUGCAGGAGGAGCUCAAGUCGGCGCGGCUGCAGAUCAACGAGCUGAGUGGGAAGGUGCUGAAGCUGCAGUAUGAGAACCGGGUGCUGCUCUCCAACGUGCAGCGCUAUGACCUGGCCGCCCACCUGGGCCUGCGCGCCCCGAGCCCCCGGGACAGCGACGCGGACAGCGACCAGGGCAAGAAGGAGAGUGACGGGGAGGAAGGCCGCCAGCCCCAGCCCAAGCGGGAGGGCCCUAUUGGCGGCGAGAGCGACUCAGAGGAGAUGUUUGAGAAGACGUCGGGCUUUGGCAGCGGAAAGCCGUCGGAGGCAAGCGAGCCGUGUCCGGCCGAGCUCCUGCGGGUCAGGGAGGACACCGAGUGCUUGGCAAGCAUAAAGCACGAGGCUGAGCGGCUCGAGCGGACCGUGGAGCGCCUCAUCACGGACACCGCUGGCUUCGGCGACAACGUGGGGCUGCGGGGCAGUGGCGAGGCCUCACUGGAGCCUGACGCCCAGGGGGCAGGGGAGACGGGCGAGACAGGCAAGAAGGAGCCCCCGCUGCUGGGCACCAUCAACUCGAGGAUGAAGGCUUUUAGGAAGGAGCUGCAGGCCUUCCUGGAGCAGGUGCGCAGGCUCGGGGACGGCCUGAGGGAGCGCCUGGAGGACCUGUCUCCCUUGCCCCACCUCACAGAAUCUUCCAGCUUUCUCUCCACUGUGACCUCCGUGUCCCGGGACUCCCCAGUCGGGACCCUGGGGAAGGAGCUGGUCCCGGACCUGCAGUCCAAACUGAGAGGUCAGCCGGAGUGGCAGCCGGGGCAGGAGCACGGGGAUGAGCCAGAGCCGCUGCACCGCCGAGCCGACGGGGACGCUGGGAGCUGCCGGCUGGGAGGCCAGAGCUGCUUCGGUCUAGAGAUGGAGGAGGAGCACCUCUAUGCCUUGAGAUGGAAAGAACUAGAAAUGCACAGCCUGGCUUUGCAGAACACCCUCCAUGAGCGAACCUGGAGCGACGAGAGGAAUCUGAUGCAGCAGGAGCUCCGGUCCUUGAAGCAGAACAUUUUCCUUUUCUACGUCAAACUCAGGUGGCUGCUAAAGCACUGGCGGCAGGGGAAGCAGAUGGAGGAGGAAGGCGAGGAUUUCACUGAGAGGGAGCAUCCAGAGACCCUCCCCAGGCUGGGUGAGCUUGGAGUUCAGGGGGACCCGAAGGGGGACGGCCCAGACCGAGAUGACAAUGGUCCAGGCUGUGGCUUUUCAAUGGGAGAGCAUUCUCCACACUCCCCUGUGCAGAUUGGUGACCACGGAUCGAGGCUGCAGCCUGUGCACGGGGGACAGCUCCACAAGCAGGUGGUGGAAAACCAGCAGCUGUUCGGGGCGCUCAAGAGCCUGCUGGAGGACCUGCGCGCCGAGCUGCGGGAGGACGAGCAUGCGCGGCGGCAGCUGCAGCAGCAGUACGCCAGUGACAAGGCUGCCUGGGACGUGGAGUGGGCCGCGCUCAAGUGCCGCCUGGAACAGCUGGAAGAGAAGACUGAGAAGAACUUGGGAGAAGUAGGCGCCUCCACCGACAGCAAAGGAGCAUUCAAGAAGGAGAGGGAGACGCACCAGAAGCUCCUCGCCGACAGUCACGGCCUGGUCAUGGACCUGCGCUGGCAGAUCCAUCACAGUGAGAAGAACUGGAACCGGGAGAAGGUGGAAAUUCUCGACCGGCUGGACAGAGACCGGCAGGAGUGGGAACAGCAGAAGAAGGAGCUCUUGUGCAGAAUAGAGCAGUUGCAGAAAGAAAACAGUCCCCGGAGAAGUGGCAGUUUCCCCUGUGAUCAAAAGGAAGGCAACAUCCGCCCCUUUGCCCACCCGGGAAGCCCCCGAAUGCCCCGUCCCUUGGAGAUGUGGCCCUGUGCAGACACCGACUCCACCCCGUUUGAAGACCGGCCGCUGUCCAAGCUGAAGGAGUCGGACAGGUGUUCAGCACGGGAAAACCUCUACUUGGAUGCCUUGUCUCUAGAUGAUGAGCCAGAGGAGCCUCCAGCCCGAGGGCCCCAGCGGGAGUUCAGGAACUGCCUCCCCCAGGAAGAAGAAAAUCACAAGGGAAAUCUUCAAAGGGCUGUGUCUGUGUCCUCCAUGUCUGAGUUCCAGCGUCUGAUGGACGUCUCUCCCUUCCUGCCGGAGAAGGGCCUGCCAGCUGCCAGCAACAAGGAAGACGUCACCCCACCCCUGUCUCCAGACGACCUGAAGUACAUCGAGGAGUUCAACAGCAAGAGCUGGGACGAGAGGCCCCCAGAGCCCUGGGCAGACAGGACCGAGGGAGGGCGGGCAGGGGAUGAGGCCAGUGCCGAGCCUUUCCCCGACUCUUCCUGGUACCUCACCACGAGUGUCACCAUGACCACGGACACUGUGACCAGCCCAGAGCACUGCCAGAAGCAGCCCCUACGGAGCCAUGUGUGCACCGAGCAGGCCGGGGUGCGGCUGCUGCACAGCCCGCCCGCCGUCCGCAGGCUGGACAGCAUUGUGGUGGCUGGGGGUGAGGGCAAGGGCCGGUCAGAGCCCGAGUGCCAGUUUCCCACAAGCAGAGCCAGGGUGGGCGCUGGAGACACAAAGGGGGUUCCCUCAGAACAUGUGCUUAGCAGGUGGCCUUGUGCCCCCUCCAGACACCCCCGAGACUAUGUGGAGGGAGGGCUGCGCCCCCUCGAAAGUGCCCUCUGCACCCCCCUGGGGUUUGCCUCCCCGCUUCACAGCCUGCAGAUGGCCAAGAACAUGAGUGAUGACAUGAAGGAGGUGGCCUUCUCUGUCAGGAAUGCCAUAUGCUCUGGUCCCCCCAAGCCUCCACUCAAGGACAUGGCCUGCCAGACCAAUGGGUCCCGGACAACGGGGACACAGACCGUUCAGACCAUCAACAUUGGCCUGCAGACCGAAGCCCUGCGUGGCGGCGCCGUCACCAGCAGCCCCCACAAGUGUCUCACGCCAAAGGCAGGGGGUGGUGCCACACCCGCGUCAUCUCCUUCCCGCGGCCUUAGGAGCAGGCAGGUGGCCCCCGCCAUCGAGAAGGUGCAGGCCAAGUUUGAGCGCACAUGCUGCUCCCCCAAGUAUGGGUCUCCCAAGCUGCAGAGGAAGCCCCUCCCCAAAGUCGAGCAGCCAAAUAGCAGGACCUCCCUGGGGCUGGCCCCAAAGGGGUGCAGCGAGUCGGCCUGGGCCCGCUCCACCACUACACGAGAGAGCCCCGUGCACACCGCCAUCAACGAUGGCCUCUCCAGCCUCUUCAACAUCAUCGACCACAGCCCUGUGGUACAGGACCCCUUCCAGAAGGGAACGCGGGCCGGGAGUCGGUCUCGCUCAGCAGAACCUCGGCCGGAUCUGGGCCCAGGCCAGGAAACCAGCCCCAGUUCCCGGGGACGGUCCCCCAGCCCCAUCGGGGCUGGCUCAGAGACGUGGAGGGAGGAAGGGGGAGAAGGCACGCCCUUGAGGCAGGACUUAUCUGCUCCCCCUGGUUACACGCUCACUGAGAAUGUAGCCCGGAUCCUCAACAAGAAGCUGUUGGAGCAUGCCUUAAAGGAGGAGAGGAGGCAGGCCCCCCACGGGCCCCCAAGUCUUAACAGUGACAGCCACAUGGGAGAAACAGUCAAAGCUGAACCAGGGUCCAUCGAGGAACUACCUUGUUCUGCACUAGCUCCAUCCCUAGAACCCUGCUUCUCCAGGCCCGAGAGACCAGCAAACCGUCGCCCUCCGUCCCGUUGGGCCUCCCAUUCCCCUACUGCCUCACCGGCUCAGUCACCCGGAGACCCAGCCUCGUUGGAGGAGCUCGGCGACGAGGAGCCACCCGGGGAGAAGACACACCUGUGACGACUGCAAGUUUGCAUGGAUUAUCGGGGAAUGAUUCCCUAUAAUUUGCAUAACCACACCGUUGUCAUCAACCAAGCUCCGCCCACAAGAAGAGAUCUAGCUUUCCCAAGGUCAAAGAAUGUUUUUUAAAAAACACACAGCUGCUGAAUGUCCAACCUGUGAACCUGAGAUGUUUCUAGAACGAAACCGUAAACGUGCCUGUAAUAACUUAAUUUUUUUCAUAGCUCAGAAAACUAUUUUUGUCUCCAUCUUUUUUACACACAGUAUAUUAAGCAAAAAAAAGCUAGAUAAGAUAUAAAUUUAAAAAAAUAAAAGUUUUAAAGAUGUACAUUUUAAGAGAUUCUGAACACCCUUGCUCUCAAUACUGACUGCCUCUCUGUUAAAUUUGCACUGUUACACUGGUUUGGUUUAUUUCCACGUUGAAUUAGACUGUUUUAAGUUGAUUUUAUUUUGUCAGUGUUUUUGUUUUUUAAGAAUUUUUUGAAAUGCGUCAGACUGUCUGAUUCAAUGAACUUUUUUGUAGUGAAAGAGCCAUGAAGCCAGUCGACAAGACAGAAAUCCUCUCUACAGGAGGGGAUACGCAUCUGCAUUCUUACAAAGGUACAGAGUCCUCAGCUGGGCUUACCAAAUUCGCUGUAUAAUCCACAUCCUCUACUCGACUCGCACGUCUUUGGGUUCGAAGCGCUGGGGUGCAUGUACAUAUCGCUACUGUGGUCUCACCAUUGCCUGUAAGUGUGAGUCAUCUGUCCCACCGUAAUACGUUGUGAAUCCCUCAUACUGUACUUUUACCAUUGUCCUCUUGCAUCGAGAUACAACAGCAAUGGCAUUUUUAAAUUAUUGUUAACGAUGAACUGGCAAUAUACAGUGUUUACUCAAAAUUUUCUUGUUUAAGGAAAAGCACUACAAAAAGUCAGGAGGGUACCACACUGAAUCAAAGGAUGGUGCCUCGGAGUCUGUAUGAGACCAUGAUGAAGUAGAAAUAAAGCCUU